AUGGUCGAAAUUGAUCUGAACAAAGAAAAUGAAGAGGAUUUCUCUGAUCCAAUUGGAUUUGUCGAUGAUAUCAAGGAUGAAGGUUAGUUCCAAAUUCUCCAAAAAUCCAAAUCAUAAUGAAAUUUUUUCAGUUCUUGUUCCUGAUGUUCUCCACCAAAAGCCAGUCAUUGAUGAGUUCGAAGAGUGUGCUGUUGUUAUCACAGGAGUUCCUGUAAUUGGCUCCGAGCGUGUUGGAAAAUUGCAAAAUGUCCUCACAAAAGUACUCGAAAAAAUUGAGAAGAAAGUCAAACUUUUCAUCCCAGUUGGUCCAGAUGGUGCAAGUCUUGGAGUUCUUCUUUCUGAAUGGCCAGACAAAAAAGUUGCGAAAUUCGCCGUAGAAAGUUUGGAUGGUUAUGCUUUUGAUAAGAACCACACCUUCUCCGCCAAACUUUUCUCCGAAAUGAAACUUAUGCGCCCACCAAAUGAUGAUUGGAAAGAACCAACCAAACAACCUUACACCGAUGUUGGAGAUUUGUGGUGGUGGAUGCAAAAUGAUCGUUGUCGAGAUCAAUUUGCUGUCUCGUAUGAUAAAAAUGGUGUUCCAACUGUUGGUGUUUAUACACACAUGAAAGGUCAUGAUCCGGAAUUGGCUGGAGAUAACGAUAUUGCUGAAAGAGCUGUAAGAUUCAAAUAUUUUAUACCAAAAUUUGACUCUGAUUUUCUUUACAGAACUGGACAGAGACCGUAUUCACAUGGUCACCACAUGGUUCAUAUUUAUCCACCAUCCAUCAACGUGGUAUCAUUUUGUGGGGAGGAGUCGAAUUCAAAAGAGCUCAUCGUUUUGCUCACGAUGGUGUUCAAUGUAUUGAUUUCUCACCGUGUGAAACGUAAGUCAUAUCUUCUGAAAUAUUUCGUAAUUUUCAAUUACUUAUAAUUUUUCAGAUAUCUUGUCACUUAUGCUGCUCCAGAAGAUCGUGGAAAAUGGUGGGAAGGAGAAAAGGAUUGUUUGAAAAUCUGGGAUGUUCGAACAGGAGAACUCAAGAAAUCUUUCUCUGCCUUCGAACUCACCAACAAAACCCAACUUCCAAAUUGGCCUUUCUUCAAAUGGUCUUUCGAUGAAAAAUAUUUCGCUUGCCUCAAGGCUCCAGAAAAAGAUAAAUUGGAAAAAGAAAAGAAAAUUGACGGAAUUUCAAUUUAUGAAACUGAAACUUUCGAACUUUUGAAUAAACGGCCUGUGAUUAUCGAAAACAUCAAACAAAUCGAUUGGUCACCAGCUUCAAAUCUUUUGGCUUAUUAUUCAGAGGUAUCUAUUUUUCUUCAUUUAAUAACAAUUUUUAACUUUCUCGAUAUUUCAGUGUACUGAUAUGAGUCCAGCUGAAUUUGGUCUUCUUCAAAUUCCAUCACUUCAACGACUUCGUUCUGCUCGUAUUUACAAUGUUGCUGAUGCUCAAAUGUUCUGGCAAAAAAGCGGUAAACGUUUGGCUUUCUACACAAUGCGAUACAACAAAAAAGCUUUCCGUGAAACUGGAGAAAUCAAAUAUGUUGUAAGUUUUUUUUAGCUUACCUAAGUUCUCAAAAAUACAAUUAUUUUCAGGGUGGAUGCACUUAUCAUGUUGAUAUUUUCGAAAUUGAUAAGAAAGAUGUUUCAUUGAUGAAUCUUCCACUUCCAGAAGCUUUCAUUCAUUUCGGUUGGGAUCCAGAAGGUGAUAAAUUCUGUGUUUUGACUGGAAAUCAAACAAAAGCUGCUCCACAUGUUUACAAGAUUGAGCCAAACAGCCACGCUCCAAAAUUGAUUAGCAAACUUGACGCCGGAGUUCAAUACAAUGAAGUUCAAUUUGCACCAAAAGGAGGAUGGUUAGCUAUUUUGGCUAAAGUUUCUGCUGGUGGAAAUGUCAUGUUUGUUGACACAACAUUAGCUGAAGCCAAGAGAACUAAUGUUAUCGAACACCCACUUUUCAAUAAUGUGAGUUUUUCGGAAAUUUAAAGGUUUACCUGCAUUUGUUAUAUUGUUUCAGGGUUAUUGGGAUCCAACUGGUCGUUAUUUCGUUACCUGUUCUUCACUUGGUGGUAGAAAUGGAGCCGAUCUUGGUUUCCGUGUUUACACUUUCCAAGGACGUGAAUUAUGUCGAAAAAGCAUGGAACGAUUAGCCCAAUUCAAAUGGCGACCACGGCCGCCAGUUAAAUUAUCCGAACAAAAACAAAAAGAAAUCAAGAAGAACCUCAAAAAGAUCUCUGCUCGAUUCAUCAAACAAGACGACGACGAAAAAUGCAGAGCCAGUCAAGAAGUCGUUGAGAAACGCCGCAAAAUCAUGUCGGCUUUCGAUGUCAUCCGAAACCGCAACAAAGAACUUGUCGCUGCUCAACGAGAUGCUCGAAUUGCUCUUCGCAGCGGCAUAGACACCGAUGCAACCUUGAACCCUGAUGAAUUUGUUGAAGAAGAAAUUACAAUUGCCCUUAGCACCUCCAGAACUGCCGCUCCAAUCAGCGAAGAAGACGACUUCGAUUAG